AAGAUAGUUGUUGGGCGGUCCAUACGUAAACAUAACCUGCAGGAGUUACCUAGUGUAUGUCUUUGUUAUAGUGAGAGGAUAAUGAUUGAUGAAAGAAAUUUUCGAUCUUCUUACUAUGAAAAGGUUGGUUUUAGAAGUGUGGAAGAGAAGAAAUCGCUUGAGAUGUUGUUGCGCGAUCGGCCUUUCGACAAAGUGAAGCUGAAACAGUUCUGUUUAAGGUUCACUGUACCAACCAUGUACAGAAACUUGCUGUGGAAAAUUUUACUAGGUGUUAUUCCAGUUUAUGAAGAAAGCCAUGAUUUUGUCAUGACACAACGUACAGCCGAGUUUUUAGAUCUAAAGAAAUCUCUGAUCAAAGCAAAAAUCACUGAUGAUACAACUAAACCUCAUCAGAUGUUUUUGAUGAUGUGGCUGCUGAAGACAAGGAGAGCCAAAAUUGACAUUAGCUCUCAAAUGGAAACUGAUUUACUAAGAGCUAUGAGUAAACUGGCAGAGAGCCUGUGGAACAUCAGUGAUGCUAAUUACGAACAGGACAAACUUGUUAACGUCUACUGGAUUCUUGGUGGUUUUCUAGAUCAAGUACAGAAAUUUAGCAGUGAAGUUGCUAGGUUGAAAGAGAAUACAUGUUCCAUGCUGGAAAGAGAAGACAAAGAAUUAUACAAUUAUCUCAACAAGAUCAAUGCUUUACAGAACUUGCCUUUUGAGUUCUGGUUUCAUUCUUGUUUUGCUGGUACCAUUAGCGACUGUUCAAUAACAAAAAUUUGGGAUAAACUAGCUGUUGGAGCAUACAGAAUUUUAAUAUUUGUAACUAUUAUUAUGUUGACUACAAUGAGACGAUGUAUACUUAGAUGUGAAGGUUUGGAUAAAGUUCUAGAAGUUGUGCAUAAUAUAACGGAAGAAACUUCAGAAGUCAUUGUGAAUAAAGCAAUAGAAGGAUGGCAGCAAAGUGGCUCGGUGAUGAUCAAUCCCCAAAAUCCAUCGAAUUACAUGCAAAAUACAUAAGAUAGAUAUAUUAUCGACUGUGAUAUGAAUGAUUUAUUGUAUAUAGUUUUACACAGAGGGCUUCCCCAAAAGGCUGAACGACGACCGAAUCAAAUUAUAUAAUGUAGUGAAUUUUUCUACUUUAGUUUUUAUUGUGUAUAGCAAAAUGAAAUGUAUAUUCUUGAUAUUUCAAAAACUGAAAUAUCCUGUACAGAAAAAAAUGAAGUAAAAUAUUAUUAAAAACAUUUAUAUUUAUGAAUGAAUGUUAUUGUAAUCUCUAAUUAGUUUGGUAUUUUCACCACAUCGGCAUAUAUGGCGAAGGUACCAAACUCUCUUGAAUGAUAGCAACGAUGUAAUUAAAAAAUGACGAUCUUCUUUAUCGAUCGGUAACUACUAAUUUCUAAUUGUCAUCGAAUUUACGAUCAACAAAAACGCUUGAGCAAACUUGGCCUUUAUUUUCGGCUGGAUUUUUGGCAGAUUACUGUUAAAGAAUGCUGUAGGCAUAGAAGGGAUGUGGUCGCUUCAGCUCUUUGAACUGGGCACCUAUUUAUCAAUAUGAUUAUUGUUAUCGUUAUUGUAAUUUUAAAAAUUAAGCCACAUGGACGUAGUUAUUAAAGUCACAAUAACAAUAACAAUAAAAUAUUCGUUUUAUAUCUAUUAAUUCGCGAACGAACUGUACGUUAUGAAUCUGAAAAAAAAAAUUUGUGCAUAGCUUAGUUACCUUUAAAAUAAUUAAAAUCAGGUGCUGAAAAAAUUACAUUUGCAAUUUUUAUAGAAACUCAUUAGAAUUUUCAAAUACUGCGAUAACAGGCGUGUUGCGCAAGUAAUUGUGCAUUAUAAACGUAUAAUUCCA